AUUUUUAAAGUCAUUAUUAAGCGUAUAAAAAGCUCUGAGCAACCCAUAUGAUAUAAAUGAAAAUGAAGCUGUUGUCCUGAACUAUAUACCUAUUUCAUUCUUUCGCUAACUUAUUGUUGAAAGGGAGAGAUAAUAGAAAGGAAUGGUGAAACAGAGAGGGUACAGAAGAGAAAUAGAAUAAUGUGAUGGCCAAAGAAAGAAAGGGAGAAAUAGAGGGGGAUCGCUGGAAGAAUAGAAAAAGUACAAAAGAAAAAAGAUGGAGAAACUGAAAGAUAUGAAGAACAAGUCAGAAAAAUAAAAAUAGAAAAGACCCCCUGGAAGACGAGAAACAUGAGAGAGAAAAACACAAGUGGUAGCCUGGAAGCAGCACCUUUAUUACAAGGUACAGAGUACGCUCAAGUUCAAAAUGUAUUUCGCGCAACGUCUACGCGCGUGAAUUUAGUAUGGCAGUUACUUUGAGUAUACUAAAGAAGAGUAGAGUAAGCGACGUAAUUUAUAUUAUGUCUAUUACAACAUUUAUAUUUUUUCUUAAUAAAGAGAAUUCCUCUGCCUCUGCAAAACUUGUCGCCUGUGAGGUGUACCUAUACACUAUUAUAUCUUCAUCUCUAUCUAUAUAGCCCACGCGAAGAAAAGAACAAGUUUUUUUUUUAAGUUUUGCAGUGAGCGACUAUACCUACUGCUACUGUUUUUAUACUAGACGGCCUGUAAUAUGGAGUUUCCAUACUCCUUUUUACUUCAUCUGUUUUCUUCUCAACAACGUACUUAUAAUUUAUUCUCAUCUUGUACCACAGUCUAGAUUCAAAUCUAGACUGUAGGUGCAACGUACAAAAAGUAAAACAUACAUUUUUACAAUAAAUGACAAGAAUGACAAUUAGCUUGUAAAAUCUUCCCAGUAAAAUGCAAUUUCUCACAGACUUUAUACAAAACUUUGAAUGGUUUGAUAUCGAAAAUCCCGAUGACUUGUGCGUCCUAUUUCUAUUUUGCCACAUAUUUGCAUGGUCAGUUAUCAUUUGGAAACUACAAGAUUAACCAUCCUAGAUGUACAAUUAUGUGAUUCUUAAUAAAGAAUAAAAAGCACUUUCAAAUUUUCCCGCCUUUUUUAAAAUUUACCGUUACGGGAGGAUGGUAAACAAAUUUUUCAAAAACAUAACCCAAUAUUUUUUGAAAAGUAAAACAUGACAGACCGAUUUAUAUCGUCUAUACAUAUUGAAAAAUUAGGCCACAAAUUACAAGAGAUUCGUGAGCGAGCACUGCUUAAUAUCUUAUCGAAAUUGGAUCAUGGAUUUGUUUACGACAAUGAUCUGGCACGCAGUAGAGAAUUAUUGUCCAAACUUUUCCAGUGGUUCGAGUUCAAGCCGUGUUUAUACCAAGAGGAGGUGCUAAAGCUGAUACAACGCAUACUUACGUCAGAUAGUGGUUCAAUUCUAAUAAAUCAUUAUGGCACUAAAACUAUUGUUGACGAAAUUCGACAAAUGCGAUCCAACAUGGAUCGAAAAUUGUACCCGGAUGUCGACAUGCUUUUACAUGCAGUUGAGGAGAACGGAAACGGCGGUGUUCCACCUUUACGCAGUGACCUGCCAUUAAGUUAUCGAAGUGGAGAGGAAGGGUUGGAGAUUCGACCCGCACUUACAGUUGGAUCUACUGCCACAACAAUUGAAGGCAUUAUUCAACACGAUUCCAGUUUGGAACCACAAACUGGCGUGAGCACGAGCAAAAUCAACCAUGUACCUACUCCCGAUGGUCUCUGUAUCAAUUUUACUCUCAAGUGGCAACCAUUAAUCGCAUCUGAUAGACACGUACUGGAAUCGAUCGAGGAUUCCUUGAGAAAUCCAACUGACCCCUCAUCGCUGCUAUAUUCCUGCGAAUUUUUCCUGGACGUUAUGCUACAAGACUUCCCGGCCGAGGUCUUUUUACAGAGACCUUCAAUUGUUUUACUUUUUCUGGACUAUAUGAGGACGUCGGUUUCGUCACGGUUGACGAAUGCGAUAUUAAAUUGUUUUAUUAAACUGACAAAGUGUCUUAAAACUAGAAUUUUCUAUUAUUCUGAUCCGUCAAUGCACAAUAAAAAAGAAAAGAUAACAAUCGAAAUAUUUUCUGGCACAUCAUCACCGUUGAAUGCUCCACCGCAUGUUCACCAUACCUUCGAAGGAGAAGAUGAAACUCUGCUAAAAUCCAAACAGCUGCUACUGCCUCAGUAUUGCUUCACAAUAAUGUUAGCGAUUUUCCAAUUUCUCUGCGUCAAACCAGAAAGCUUGAGAAGAGAGUACACAAGCAAGAAAUCUAACCUGAUUGGCACUAAUUUAGCACUUGCGCUGUUAGACGAGCUUAUUUUUUUGUUGAACUUGUGUCUUAAAUCGAAUGCAUGGGACAAAAAAUCUGCGCCCGGUGUUAUUGAGGUUUUACACACUUUCGAAAAAGUUUUAGAAAAAUUUGCCGAAGCCCUCGAACACUUUAGAUUAGAGGUGACAAGUGACGAAACCAAUACAACCAACAGAACCACACAUCUUCGGCUUCUUUCCAGCUGCUGCAAUCUAAUAAUCCGCCUGAUACCUUUAAACGUCGCCGAUUUUAUCUUACCGAAACAAAUGAAGAACGCUUUAUCUAACUGCUUACUUGACGUUUCAUUGGCACGUCUCUAUCCGAACAUCCACGAAAACAUCCUCCAGUUUGUAAAGGAAUUUGGAGGACGAUUUGAAACCGACUCAGUCGCCAAGUACAAGGAGGUCAAUCAAGUGUGCCAAUCGAUAAGCAGCGUGGUCAAACUCCUCCGUACCUCGGAUUCCUUGCCAGUUUUAAAUGCGAUGGAGUUAGCAAACGAUGCCGUGCUAAGCUUAGGAUUUCAUAAGAACUCGUCAUUUAUUAAUCUAGUAAUAAAUUUAUGUGCUAACAAACUACCGGCAACUAAAAAAGAAGAAUGCUUCCAAGUUGCGGAAAGUGUUUUACUUAAGUUGUUGGCGCACAACCACAUGGAAUUACGUCAAGAGACCUAUAGACAGUGUGAAAGUCGAAUUAUAGCAACCAUCGGGCCAAAAUUCAAUGCGACCGGUGCUGGGGCGCCGGGGUCGCAAAUAUUAUUCCUCCUGCGAGCACCCAUACUACUAGAAAUUAGUCUUUAUGGGCUUACCAGUGAGAAUAAGGAGAUACAAAAGUAUGCCGAUAAUAUUCUGGUCCAUAUAUUAAAAUGCCAAAUACUUGUCACAGAGAGUAUAUGGAAUAAAGUGAUCGAUGCCAUUCUGCCCGUUCUGCCAAUUUUAAUUUGUCAUGCGACAAAAAUGACUGUACUAGGCCGUUCCAUUGUGGGAAUACUAGAUCCGGACACGGCGAAAACGUUUCUAAUCCCUCCCCUAGAGGUGUUAAAAAGCAACUUAUGUCUGCUGUUUGUGGGCGAUAGUUUAGCAAGGGAAGAAGCUGUAAGUCGUUUAUGCUGGUUAUUGACAACUCAGACAAAUUCCCGCAAUUUACUUCCUCGAAUGAAUAGUCUCAGAGAUAAGGCUUUGAGUAAAGCUUGUCACGUGCAGCGAGUGGCUGAUAUCAAUAGAGAAAGACCAGCACAACACUUUUAUCAGGUAAUAAAACUGGGAAUUAUACAUUACAAAAAAAAGGCAUCUGGUUCAGAAGGAACUUCAGAAUGUGACAUUGUAAUAGGUCCUGAGUCAGGUGCCAGAGGAAUCUACAACAAACAAUUUGAUUAA